UAUAACACUGAGCAGUUCUGUUUUCGUUUCAAUUCGUUUUAAGUUUUUGUACAUAUAGGCUGUGAUUUUUAUGUUAUUUCCAUAAGCAAAAAAUGCAUUGUGCACGAGUUCGGUGUUAAUUAACAGUGCUUCGAUGCUCGAGAGGAUUUCUAUUUUUAGACAUAAACCCGGAAGUUGACGUUUCGAGUGAAAACAUGGCGGCCUCCAUGGCUUAAGCUGUGAAACAGAUCUCCUUUUUAUGUAUGUUUUGUUUCCUACGCGAUUUUAGCGACGAUUUCUAUCAACAAGCAAAUGUGAACGUUUUAUUUUUAUACAAAGCACCUUUUUUCGUCGCGUAAACAUGUCAAGGGCUCCAAGUGACGCCAAUUUAACGACUUAUAAGUUGGUUGUGGUAGGCGAUGGUGGUGUGGGAAAGAGUGCGUUGACCAUUCAGUUCUUUCAGAAAAUGUUCGUGGAGGAGUAUGACCCAACUAUUGAGGAUUCGUACAUUAAGCACACGGAAAUCGAUGGCGAAUUGUGUAUACUUGAUGUGUUGGACACAGCAGGCCAAGAGGAGUUCAGUGCCAUGAGGGAACAAUACAUGAGACAUGGGGAUGGCUUCAUGCUGGUGUACUCAGUCACAGACCCAGUCACCUUCGAAAAUAUACAGAACUUCCAUGGGCAGAUUCUCAGAGUGAAAGACAAAGACCAAUAUCCAAUGCUCCUGGUUGCUAACAAGAUAGAUUUGGUACGUCAGCGGAAGGUUUCUGAACAACGAGGGAGAGAAAUGGCUGCUCAUUUACGGGUCCCUUACCUUGAAACAAGUGCCAAAGAUCCUCCAGUGAACGUGGAUCUAGCUUUUCAUGAUGUUGUGCGAGUGAUAAGACAACAGCCAAAAGAAGUAAAAAAGAAACUUAACUCACGAAAAGGAAAGCGUGGCUUCCGUUGUACAGUUCUUUGAUUGCUUAUGUGAGAGCAUUACAUUGUGUGUGAUGCUGAGUGUUGAACUUGAAUACAUGUAUGUAGAGCCAUGGAACAAAAGAACAUGUAAACCUGUACUGAACAAAACCCUUCACCUUAUUGUAAUGCCAAAAAUGGUAUCAAUUUAAGAUGGGCCUCACUCUGGGAAAACAGGGUUUAAUGCAUGUGUUAAAGUGUCUAUUGAUAUAAUAGGCGUAUCAUGGGCGACACUAUCCGCCUUAAGUAGAUUUUGGCUAAGUGGAGAUAUCCUUUAAAUGAAUAAUACCACAAAAGUGGAAUGUUUUGUCUCUGAUUAGCCUGUGUUGACUGCAGAGGCUCAUCUGGGGUGACACUUUAUGCAGAUGCAUUAGACCCCAUUUUCCCAGAGCAAGGCUGCUAUUUAAUGACAUAUAAUAUUAGUAAUUUAAUAACAGUAUUUUUUCUUUUACAAUUAUCAGUUUUUUCAUUCAAACCAUAUUUAAACAACGUAAGAAUGUUUGUUCACUUUGAUUUUCCAUUUUAAUAUAUUUUUUAGUGCUAUGAGAAUUUUUUUUUAUUGUGAACUGUUAUUCUUAUGACAUAAUAGUAUUAUGUUACACAUGUCAUGUGAUUAGUAACAUGAUAAUAUUUCAUUGAAAAUUAGCAUAGGUCUUGAAAAACGUGGCUUAAUGCAUGUGUGUGAAGUGUCGUCUAAGCUUAGGCAUUUCUCAGAGGCUAAUAUUAGAAUUUGUUCUUCGAGACUUCCUUUAACUAAAAAAUACCACAAAAGCAGAAAGUCUUGUCCCUGAUAAGUCUACACAUACUUAACAGGCGUAUCUGGUACAACACUUUAUGCGCAUGCAUUAAGCCCAGUUUUCCAGGAUGCAGCCCAUUAAAAAAAUUACUUGACUGAGCACACUAUCAUUGAUGCAUGGUUACAUUGAUUGAAUAAAAUAUAUGAGCUGGGCUCUGUGAAAAGGGGGUUAAAUGCAUGUGCGUGAAGUGUCAUCCCAGAUUAGACUGUGCAGGUGAAGUGUCAUCCCAGAUUAGACUGUGCAGGUGAAGUGUCAUCCCAGAUUAGACUGUGCAGUCCACACAGGCUGAUCAGGGACGACACUUUCCACAUUAACUGGAUUUUUGCUAAGAAGAGACUUUCUUUAAACAGAAAUGAAAGCGGAAAGUGUCGUCCCUGAUUAACCUGUGGGGACCGCACUUAUUUAGGACGACACUUUAAGCACAUGCAUUAAACCACCUUAUCACAGAGCAUUGCAGAUAUUUAGAACUUGAUGCCAAUCUGUGAUGCCCUUUUUUUAUGAAAUGAUUGAACUGAAUGACAUAGUGCUAAAACCACUUGAAAUCGGGACCAAUAUGUGAUCUCUUAGAUAGACUUGUUUCUGUACAUAAUUAUUUUCAAUACGAGCCUCGCUCUGUGAAAAUGGCGUUUAAUGCCUGUGCGUAAAGUUUCGUCCCAGAUUAGCCUCUGUGGUCCGCAGGGACGACACUUACCACCUAAACUGGAUUUAAGCUAUGAAAAAAGGUUCUAUGAAAUAAAAAUAUAUAAAAAGCGGAAUAUGUUGUCCCUGAUUAGCCUGUGCAGACUGCACAGGCUUAUGUGGGAAAACACUUUGCACAUGCAUUAAAUCCCAUUUUCACUGAGAGAGGCUCAUAUAUAUUUGACAAUAUUGUUUUUGACUAUUUUGUCAUCCAAUUUUGCCUUCUUUAAAAAAAAAAAUUGUAAUCAAAGACAUUUUUUACAUGUAUCUUUAAAGGUUUAUUUAGAAUGUUUUAUAUAUGGUAUUUUUGCACUGUUUUAUCAGUGUAGUGGAUUUUAAUGAAGAGUUGAUGUAAGUUAACACAUUUUUAGAAAAGAAGAUGUAAAUUUUAUCUAUCUUGAACGUUUGGUUGUAUUAAUUGUCUUUAUAUGUUAGCUGUGGCAUUAUACACAUACAUUUUUAUUUCUCAUCUUUUGUUUUUUACAAAACACUAUCUUAAACAAAAAGUUUUACAUCAAAAUGAUGCUGUUUACAUGAUUUAAAUAUUAAUGGACUGUACAGCCGUGUUUGAUUCAACAACAGGUUGUUAUAAUUGUCAUGACUUCUGUCAAUAAUUAGAACCAAGUAUGCUCAAAAUUAGUUAUUUUGUCCAAGUUUUUUUUAGGCACUUUAACUCUUUCAGUGCUGGAACCGAACUUUGAAGGCCUUUGCAAACAGUUUGGAUCCAGAUGAGAUGCCACAGAAUGUGGCGUCUCAUCAGGAUCCAAACUGUUUGCUAUUCUGAUAGUAUUCUUUGAAAAAAUCAAAGAAAAUGCUUAUUUAAGAAAUUCAGCAGUUGACAUUUUUGCAGACGAAUUUCCCAGCAUGCAAAGGGUUAAAGCAUCUGUCAUGUUCAUGUUCACCAGUAUAAAAUCAGGUAUUUGAUGCCAAUUUAGGCAUGGCCUGUUUUGUUGAUGUUGUUGAACAGAUAUUGAGAUAUUUGUAUUACACACAUGUUAAAAAAUUAUAUGUGCUUAUGAAUGAUUGAUGACAUUAUUUUAUAUGUGCUUAUGAAUGAUUGAUGACAUUAUUUUAUAUCAUUCUGGAAAAAAUUGAAAUAAUCUAAACACAUAAACUGGAAUUUAUUCAGUAAAGAGCUAUGACAAAACAUGCAUUUAAAUUAUAUUUAAUAUAAAGUUAUAUAUUAAAUAAUAUUAAUAUUCAAUAUUAGAUAUUUAAUAUUUUUAUUUAUUUUAAUUAUAUUAUUAAAAUAAACACAGCUAAUGUUUUUUGGGGGUACUUUAAUGCUAUUUUCAAUAAAACAGGGUGCAAGCAUGUAGUUAAAUGCAACUAGUUUGAGUUACCAAAUUUUUUAGUGUGUAUCAUGCUGUUUUUGCAUCAUUAAGAAAUAUUUAAUGUUGAAAUUGUUUAUGUAAAGUGUCUGUAAUUUUUUAUUAGUGAAAGAACAAAAUGCCUUUAUUUCUGUUUACAUAUAUAUUAUAUCAUUAUUUUUGGCAUUUCUCACUUGUUUUUAGAUAGCACUAUACAACAGAUUUUAUUUUUACUAAACUAUAUGGGCCAUGCUAUGUGAAAAAGGAUUUAAAUCAUGUGCGUAAAGUGUCAUCCCAGAUUAGCCUGUGCUGUCCGCUUUGGCUAAUCAGGGAUGACACCUUCUGCUUUUAUGGUAUUUUCCUUUUUGAAGCAAGUCUCUUCUUAGUACAAAUCCAGUUUAGGCGGCAAGUGUCGUCUGAUUACCCUGUGCAGACUUCACAGGCUAAUCUGGGACGACUCUUUACACACAUUCAAUAAACCCCCUUUUCACAGAGCGCGGCUCAUGUAUUUGUAAAAUUGUUACAAUAGGAGCCCAAUAUACCUCUAGACAUUUACCUCGUAAAAAGAGACUUGUUCAAGCAUGUAUUCCAGCUGUAUUUUAUUCAUAUCUUUAGAUAUACAUUCUAAAUAUACUUUUUACUCACUUCAAGCUUUUCAUCAUUGAAUUUUGUAAUUAAAAAAAGUUGCCAAAAAUGUACACUGUGCACCAAUUCAUGCUUUAAUGGUAGCAUUAAAUGGUUCAUUCUGUAGCGCUCAGAAACACAUUUUUAUGCCCCCCACCACUAUAGUGGGGGACAUAUUGUUUUUGCCCUGUCAGUUGGUCUGUCUGUCUGUUGUUUGUUUGCGCCAACUUUAACAUUUUGCAAUAACUUUUGCUAUAUUGAAGAUAGCAACUUCAUAUUUGGCAUGCAUGUGUAUCUCAUGGAGCUGCCCAUUUUGAGUGGUAAACGGUCAAGGUCAUCCUUCAAGGUCAAAGGUCAAAAAACAAAUCAAAGCGGCGCAGAAGGGGACAUAGUGUUUCUGACAAACACAUUUCUUGUUAGGCUUUAUUUCAGACCCUUAGAUAUUGAAGAGUAGCAAACAGCAUAAAACCUGAACAGACUGUGAGUAACUGGCGGGCUGUUCAGGUUUUAUGCUGGUUGCAUAUGACCAUUUUCACUUGACUUCUGUAUGGGAAUGAGUCAUGGGGAUAUUAAAAUUCCCCACGAUUGAAUUUUUUUCUCCUCAUUUAAUUUACCAUGUUUGACAUUUACAUAGUCACCAGUUACUUGUGUGCAUACAUAAAACAAUUUAAUAUAACUUUAAAAAUGUAAGGCACACUCAUUCAGAAUUGUUGUGACGUUUACACAACUGUGUUAAAAAACAAUAUACAGAGCAAUCAUAAAUAAUAGUUCACACACAUAAAGCAUACAUAUUUUCAUGAAUAAAUCAUUUUAUAUGAGAGGCAAACAAUAUGCAUGCACUCUGUUAUUUCUGUUUGAUUUUUGUAUAGCAGAACUUUUUCAUCUAAAUAAAUUUGGUUUUAUAACACAAUGUAACAGUAUUCACGGUAAUAUAUUUAAACCUCUAGCCCAAAUCUUUUUGCUCUCAUUAAAACUGAUAACUGCUAGGCACUUUUUCAACUGGAAUAGUAUUUUGACAUUGAAAAAGUCCAAAGUGUUAGAACUUUAGUAUUAUCUCUAUCUGGUAUUGUCCAUAGUUGAGUGCUACCAUUACAAAUAAAUUACAUGAUUUGCAUUUGUCAAAAUUGUAGUUUGCGUUGCAUUUUUGUUUUAAAUAUCACUUUCUUAAUAAUCUGUUCUAUAUUGUUUCUUGUGUAUACCUGUAUUGCAUGCUUGCUUAUGUAACAAUACAUUGCAUAUUUAGCUGAUUUUGUAGCUAGUCUGUUAGUCUGCGUUAUGAAACUUGUGCAAUAUGAGAGCUGUUUUUAUGUAAACAUUAUUGCCUGUGUAUAUGAUGGGCCGGCAUGCAAUUUAAGAACAUUUGUCAAAGAUUUCAUUACAAAAACUUUUUUUUUACAAGGGUUGCGCAAUUAAAGUACUUAUGGCCUAAUUUUUUUGGCAGUAGACAUUUAAUACCAUGGCGGUUAAAACCCAUAUAGGUUCAAACUCAGGGUACUUCAAACCUUAGGUGGUUCAAACCCAAGGCGGUUCAAACCCAGAUUUGUUCAAACCCAGUAGGGAAAGACUUAGUAUAACCCAUAGGCUUCAUUGUCAAAUCUGUCAAACAACAGACAAAUACCCAUGUAAUAUGCUUGUUUACUUAAUCUGAGAUGUAGAGUUCAUUAAAUUAAUUAUAUUGUUUUAACUAAACCAAGUUUCGAAAACCGGCUCAAUUUUUAUCAAAGAUAAUUUCGUGUUAUGCUGUAAAGUAAAAGACUUGAAAAUGCAUACUUAGAUCAACUGGAGAUAUCAGUGAACAAGAUGUUUUAAGGAGUUUUCAAAUAAUGCAUUAUUAUUCAUUACAGGAAUAUGAUUAAAGCAUGCACCUUUUUGUUUGUAACAAUAUUUCUGGAUGAGAUUUGACGAAUGCUAUACUGUUUGCAUCGGAACAGCUUUCCUAGAAACUCGCUCAAUCUGGAUUGCUAAUGUUUUUCUUUUGUACUGUUUUAAUUAUGUUUUGUUUUAUCAAUUAGAGUUUCUAAUCAUUUUUUUGCUUUCUGUUUUGUUUGCUUUCUAGUUCAAUAGAAUUCACUUUGUCAUUAUUAUUGUAUCAAUGGAACUGUAAGAAAAUUAAGGUAUAACUUUGCAUUGAGACCACUUGCUUGCGAAAAGAAUUUACCUAUAAGUUAACCAGGUGGAGAAGCUGUCCACAUCUUGAUCAAAGGUCAUUAUUCAUGCUAAGGGCCAAAGGUCAAACAUAUGAAUUGUUCUGCUUGUAAACCCAUUUAUGCCCAGCGUCUAGAAAAAAGGCCUUGGCAAACAGGGUAGACCAAUAUGAGACGCCGCAUGAUGCAGCGUCUCAUCAGGGUCUGCGCUGUUUGCUUUAAGGAAUUUCUUUAAGAAAUAUUCUAAAUAAAGAAAUAAAUAUACUAGACAUCCCUAAUUUUGGAAAUAAAUUGAUCCAAUGUAGAAGGAUGGGAGAGUCCACUAGGCAUAAUGGGUUAAAGAAUGACAAGGAUGUAUUGACGAUGGGCUUGACAUAUUGCCCACAGGCAUCUAGUUUGUUAUUAUGUACCGGUUUGUAUGCAUUAGUAAGGUUGUACAUGUAAUAUUUUGUGAAAAUAUACAUUUGUAGGUAUAUAAUUACUACUUAUUAUGAUUUAAACAUUAAAAUAGCAAUUCUUUAAUUAGUAAAAUUCGUUAUCAGCGAUUAACUCAAUUUACCUCAGUGUAGUAUAUACUGGUAAUAUUACAAUGCUAAUAUGUAUCAGUUAUAGAUAUACACAUCUACAAUUUCUGAGCGCUGGCUUUCAUUGAUGAUCUGUAACAUUAAACAUUCAGACAUAUUGUAUUGCUCUUGUUCCCAUUACAUAGACAUUCAGACAUAUUGUAUUGCUCUUGUUCCCAUUACAUAGACAUUCAGACAUAUUGUAUUGCUCUUGUUCCCAUUACAUAGAUAUUCAGACAUAUUGUAUUGCUCUUGUUCCCAUUACAUAGACAUUCAGACAUAUUGUAUUGCUCUUGUUCCCAUUACAUAAAAUGCUAUGUCAACACUAUCUUAUUAUGUAAAACCAUCGACAUAAAUUGUAUCAUGUUUAUAGAGCAGUUAAUACUAUGACAUAAGAGAAUGCUUGUCUACAGAUGAUUAACAUGUGAUUAUAUGGCAAUUAUUUGCAAGAAUAUGCUUACAAUUUGCAUAAUUUGUAUUUUAUAUAAAAUAAAUAAAAUAAUAAUUAACUGGAAAAAAGCUUUCCAUUCUUUUCCUUUGUGCAGAAUGUUUAUACUACCUGGCAGAAAGUAAGCUUUAAAACAGUAGAUAGAAAACGAAGUAAGUAUUGAAGGCUUGUUAUUCAGCAUAGCUCAACGAUAUUAUCUGUAUGCCAUAUUUACCUGGUACAUAUAGUCUAUUUAUUAUGCCCCCCUUCAAAGAAGAGGGGGUAUAUUGCUUUGCACAUGUCGGUCGGUCGGUCGGUCAGUCUGUCGGUCUGUCAGUGCGUCCACCAGGUGGUUUCCGGAUGAUAACUCAAGAACGCUUAGGCCUAGGAUCAUGAAACUUCAUAGGUACAUUGAUCAUGACUCGCAGAUGACCCCUAUUGAUUUUGAGGUCACUAGGUCAAAGGUCAAGGUCACGGUGACCCGUAAUAGUAAAAUGGUUUCCGGAUGAUAACUGAAGAUUGCUUAUGCCUAGGAUCAUGAAACUUGAUAGGUAGAUUGAUCAUGACUUGCAGAUGACCCCUAUUGAUUUUCAGGUCACUAGGUCAAAGGUCUAGGUCACGGUGACCCGAAAUAGGAAAAUGGUUUCCUGAUGAUAACUCAAGAACACUUAUGGCUAGUUUACAAGUAUUUUAUGCCCCCUGUAGGGUGGCAUAUAGCAGUUGCACUGUCCGUCUGUCCGCCCGUCUGUCUGUCUGUCUGUCCGUCACACUUUGCGUUAAGGUUUCGAAAAGUGCUCAUAACUUCCAUGUCGCUUUAGAUAGCAUCUUGAUAUUUGGCAUGCAUGUGUAUCUCAUGGAGCUGCACAUUUUUGAGUGGUGAAAGGUCAAGGUCAUCCUUUAAGGUCAAAGAUAAAAAUAAAAAAACUCAAGGGAAGUAAUAAGCUUUAAAGGGAGAUAAUUAUCUGUACCUGCCAAAAGAAAAAAAAGAUAAAAUAAAUCAAAGCAGCGCAGUAGGGGGCAUUGUGUUAUUGACAAACACAUCUCUUGUUUGGUUAUACUAAGUUAUCAUUCAUGUAUUAAAUUGCAAAUAAAAUAGAACAAUAUACAA